CAUUUUCCUCCGCUGCUACUCCACCAAGCCAAAAACAAAACGGUGAGCUCCGCACUUUUCACACACUCACACACUUGCUCCUUUGGAUGAAGAGAGUAGGGUUUUAGGAGUAAUUUAUAUCCUCUAAUGACGACGAUUUCGGCUGCUUUAUCUGCUUCGAGAUUACCGGAGAUUAAAUUCUUGUCGCCGGAUGCUUCUAGCCAGCGGCGGCGGCGGCUGCUGCGCUUCGCGGUUUAUAGAAGGCUGAAUUUUGAGUUGGAACGGAGUUUAGGUCGCCGGAGUUGGAGGAUUUUAGCGGCGAAGAGGGAAGAAGGAACGGCUGUGGUGGAGGGGAAAGACAGUGAAAUUUUAACUCAGUUGAAUGGGAGUUUGAAUGGGAACUCCAGUGGGAGUUGUGGUGGGAUUAGUGGCUUGGAAGUGGAGGAGUAUACGAAUGGAAGUGUGAAUGGGAGUUUAGUUAAGUAUGUGGACGGGAAUGGGAAUGGAGGAGUGGGGCUGAGGAGUAAAGAGGAGCUGGUGGCAGUGAUGGUGGAGGAUGAGGAAGAGAAGAGGAAGAGGAAUAUAGAGGAAAUUGGGCGAGAAGAGGCGUGGUUUAAGCAAAGCGAAGACCAGCAAGUUGAGGUAUCUGUUGCUCCUGGCGGUCGAUGGAGCAGAUUUAAGACAUAUUCAACGAUUCAAAGGACCUUGGAAAUAUGGGGAUUUGUUCUAACUUUUGUAUUCAGGGUUUGGUUGAACAACCAAAAAUUCUCCUACCGAGGUGGGAUGACAGAGGAAAAGAAAGUUCAGAGGCGAAAGGUCCUUGCUAAGUGGCUGAAGGAAAAUAUCUUGAGAUUAGGACCUACAUUUAUCAAAGUUGGCCAGCAGUUCUCGACAAGGGUAGACAUUCUUGCUCAAGAAUAUGUUGACCAAUUGUCAGAACUUCAGGAUCAAGUUCCUCCUUUUCCAUCAGAAACUGCUGUAUCUAUUGUUGAGGAAGAACUUGGAGCUCCAGUGGAUGAUAUGUUCGACCGAUUUGAUCGUGAGCCAAUUGCUGCUGCUAGUCUUGGUCAAGUUCAUCGUGCAAAAGUGAAUGGACAAGAAGUUGUUGUUAAAGUACAAAGGCCUGGACUGAAGGAUCUUUUCGAUAUCGAUCUUAAAAAUCUGAGGGUAAUUGCAGAAUACCUUCAAAAGAUUGAUCCAAAGUCAGAUGGUGCAAAAAGGGACUGGGUUGCCAUCUAUGAUGAGUGUGCAAAUGUUUUGUAUCAGGAAAUUGACUAUACAAAGGAAGCUGCUAAUGCUGAGUUGUUUGCAGCUAACUUUAAGGACAUGGAUUAUGUUAAAGUUCCCAAGAUAUGUUGGGAGUACACCACUCCACAGGUUCUGACGAUGGAAUAUGUCCCAGGGAUAAAAAUAAACAGGAUACAAGCUUUGGACCAGUUGGGUGUUGAUCGCAAAAGGUUGGGUAGAUAUGCCGUCGAAUCUUACCUUGAACAGAUUUUAUCUCAUGGCUUCUUUCACGCCGACCCUCAUCCUGGCAAUAUUGCUGUAGAUGAUGUUAAUGGUGGAAGGUUGAUUUUCUAUGACUUUGGAAUGAUGGGAAGUAUAAGCCCAAAUAUCAGAGAAGGCUUGUUGGAUGUAUUUUAUGGAGUUUAUGAGAAGGAUGCGGACAAGGUCCUUCAAGCAAUGAUUCAGAUGGGUGUUCUUGUGCCUACUGGAGACGUGACUGCUGUUAGACGAACUGCACAGUUCUUCCUUAACAGCUUUGAAGAACGCCUUGCUGCACAGAGAAGAGAACGGGAAAUGGCUGCAACAGAACUUGGAUUUAAAAAGCCAUUGAGCAAGGAGGAGAAAAUAGAGAAGAAGAAGCAACGUUUAGCUGCAAUAGGGGAAGAUUUAUUAGCCAUUGCAGCUGAUCAACCCUUUAGAUUUCCUGCCACAUUCACUUUUGUUGUCAGAGCAUUUUCAGUGUUGGAUGGAAUAGGGAAAGGCCUUGAUCCUCGAUUUGAUAUCACUGAGAUAGCCAAACCCUAUGCUCUGGAGUUGCUGAGGUUUCGUGAAGCUGGUGUUGAAGUUAUCUUGAAGGACUUCAGAAAGAGGUGGGAUAGACAAUCCCGUGCAUUCUACAACUUAUUUAGGCAGGCUGAUAGAGUUGAAAAGCUGGCUGAAAUCAUUCAGCGACUGGAGCAAGGAGAUUUGAAGCUUCGUGUCAGGGCUUUGGAAUCUGAGAGAGCUUUCCAAAGAAUUGCUGCUGUCCAGAAGACAAUAGGAAGUGCAGUUGCUGCUGGAAGCUUAAUCAACCUUGCAACAAUUCUGUAUAUCAAUUCUAUCACUAUGCCCGCAUCCAUAGCAUAUGCCAUCUGUGCAUUUUUUGGCUUGCAAGUUCUUAUUGGGGUUGUGAAAGUGAAGAAAUUAGAUCAGCGAGAGAGGUUGAUAACUGGAACUGCCUAGACCUUGGUAUUAGACCUGCUGCUGAGAAUCACUUCUGUGGUGAUUAUAUGUUGUAGAUUCAAAGUGAGUUCAUCAAUAGGGAGACGUCAUUUCUGAUGAAAGCAACUUCCUCCCAUCCUGCAAAACCUGAAGAAGUGCAGAACUGGUAAAAUCUAUUAAGAAUUACCAUCACGAUAUUACGGAAGGAGCUGCUUGGUCGUCCUGGUGGUUGAGGUCCAGGGGCAUCCUGCUGGUAAAGGCUUGAGGUCCAGGGUCAUCCUACUAACAAGGAUCGAGGUCCAGGCAAGUUAACGUGAAGACAAUGAGCUUUACACAUUUAGUCAAAGUUGUUUUUUAUGAUAGCUGAAGGCACUUGGCUGAGUUUUCAAACUUCUCAACAAGAAUGUCUCCUUAAGCUCGUUUGUGGCAGGCUAUAAUAACUCUGCUGUCUGACUUCUUGGAGCCCUUGUGUAUAGAUGUAUGUAACUUUGUAGAUUUUUUACAUCAAAAUUGUUAGACCAUUGUAUAGCAUGUGUAAUGCAUAUAGCAAUUCUUGUAACUACAACCUCCUCUUAGGAAGUUUUGAUCCAAUACAACCUCCUCUCUGUCAUUCUUUAGAUGACAGAGAUUUUUAAGAACUUCAGUUUAUGCCAUUCAAGUCAGAUAUAUAAUGCUUGUGUUUCUAUGC